CUGUGUGGGUGAGGUUCACUUUGGAUCCAAAAAUCCAGUGGAGCAACAACUGCUUAGAGGCACAUGCAAGAAGGUUCUGGAGCAACAACUCUAACAGGACUGAAACAACUUACUGAGAACGGCAGCUGGGAACAAGAAUACUCAGCUGUUUAAUCGAGGGUCACUUUCAACACUUCAAGGCUGUUGUUAACUGUGACUGAAGCCAUAUGGACUGAUCUGUUCUUCCCUUUGGCUUAUUUUCCAGUGCGGAGAACUAUUUUAGUGUGUUAUACUCAGCAGGAAUACAGGAAACGGUCUCGUUACCUCAGACAUAGAGACGUUAUUACGCCAGCUGAGUUGUUGACAGGAGUAUAGAAAUGUCAGGCAAAUUGCUUCCCGUCCUCCUCCUGGCCCUCCAUCUGACUGCGGGUUCAGUGCAGAGCCAGGGUUCAUCCCAGGAUGCCUUCAUAAUCCAGUACCUGGAGAGGAGAUUGGCUCAGAUGGAGGAGCGUCUGAAUCUGUGCGAGCAAAACACAGUGACUGUCACCCAGAAGACCUAUGACCUCUCCUCUGAAAUCAGAGGUUUUCUGUCCACUGUCAGUGUUUUGAGAUCAGAGGUGAGGAACCAGGUGGACAGUGUGGCUGUGCGAGUUGACCGCAUGGAGAGAGAGCUGGAGUAUCUUGAAAACAAGAUUCCCACCCAGACUGACAUCGAGAUGGAGGAGGCGCUGCUGGAGCAGCAGAUAAAGGCUGCAGAACAGGAGCAGCUGAAAAAGAAGGCCAAGAUCAAAGUGGAGAAAGACUGCAGCACAGCCCUGAGUCAAAUCAAAUCCCUCAAGAUUGUGAAGAAGACAGGAGACACCUCUGGUUCCUGGUUCAAGGACCCUUCUGAAGGAUCAACUAAGGUCUACCUGCUCAGUGGAAUUCGUAACAACACACUGCUGGAGUAUGUUUCUCUGCAGAGUUUCGCAGAGAGGACCACCACUCCACCAGCAACAGUGGUGCAGCUGCCGUUCCACUGGCAGGGGACGGGUCAUGUGGUCUACAAUGGAUUCCUCUACUGCCACAAGGCAGAAACACCCAACCAGAUACUGAAGGUGGACCUGUUGAAUGGUACAGUGGUGGACAGUACACUGCUUCCAGGAGCAGGUCGCCUGCCAGUCUACAGUCUGAACCCCAACACCUACUUGGACCUGGCUGUGGAUGAACUCGGCCUCUGGGUCAUCCACGCUGACCCCGAGUACGGAGGAAACCUGGUCAUUACCAAGCUGGAUAAAGCAACUCUGGCAGUAGAAUAUACCUGGGACACACAAUGCAGAAGCCGUGAUGCUGAAGGUGCCUUCCUAAUAUGUGGGACCCUCUAUGUGGUCUACAACACACGGUAUGGAGGACGAUCCACCAUCCAGUGCCUGUACGACAUCCAUGACACCAUCCACAGUGAGGAGAGUCCAGUGUUGUUCUUCCCAAAGCGCUACACCAGCCACAGCAGCAUCCACUACCACCCCGGGGACAAACAGCUGUACGCCUGGGACGACGGCUACCAGACGAUAUACAAAGUGGAGACUCGCAGAAAUGACCAAGUCGCCACAGAAUGAACAUGAUGACCUACAGUGUUACGCCUUAAACAGUUUGUGUUACCACUUCGAAAAUUCAGAAGUACGCAAUAACCAUCACUUAUAACAACAUCAAUUAGGGGUUUUGAUGAGUAGCUUAUAAUCUGCUGUUGUUCAGUAUAGUGAUCCUUUGCUGGCAAUGGAUGCCGCCUUUAUCACAGUUGAUCAUUGCGACAAACACAUCACGUCCAACCAAAGGCAUUUUAUACUUUAGCUAGGCUUUAUAUUUUGUAUAUCACAUCAAUAAAGACCAUUUAAGUGUUG